AUGAUUUCCGAAGCGAAUUUCACUCUCGAAACUGUGGAAUUCAUUGUCGACGAUGGCUUCUUCUAUUUGAUGAUCCAUCUUGCCGAGGACCCGACCUUCCAGGAACUUGUGAUCAUUCGAGAACUGAUGAUGGCCCGUCUCCGAGCGGAUCUUGGUGAUGUCUGCAACCAGAUACAAAUUUUGUUCAAGUACCCAGCUUGUGAUGAGUGCCACAACGAAGAUUGUCGAUUCUGA